UGUGACUUAGAUUAUGGACUUGUGAGUUAUUCUUUCUCAGUGAGUUUUUUCAUGCUUGCGGUGACAAAUCGGAUUAAAUUCUUACAGAUCGCAACCAGAGAUGAGAUGGAGCGCAGCGUCAGCGGUGAGGUGACGAAACGGUCCAAGAUGGCGGACCACACUUUCGACGCGAUACCAUGGGGCGGCUAACUCCGUGAACUGUGACCGAGACAGAUAUACAGAUAUCGUAUGGAGAUGAACGGGACGGAAGCGCGGGGCGAAGAGCAGGCGGUGGCGCUCGCGUUGAGCGUGGCCGUCACCGUCAUCUCCGCCAUUGGAUUACUCCUCAACGCCUACAUAUUGUUUGUCAUCGUUAUAACUAAACAGCCGGCAUCCGCAUCGUCAGUAUUGUUGGUACACCUGGGCGCAGUGGGUGCGCUGGCCAGCGGCGCCGCUUUAUGUGCUGGUGGAGGUGGAGGAGCAUGUGCUUGUGGAGCGUUGCUUCAUGCUCUACACCCGCUACAACUGUGGACCGUAUGUGGUCUGCACGCAGACCGCGCCGCCGCCAUUGCUGCACCAUUGCAUUAUGCUGCCAUUGUAUCUGCGCGAAAGGUGAUGAUAUGUGUGGCAAGCGGCUGGGUUGCGACAGCAGCACUACUAGCUCCCCUGGCAGCUUCCAAGCCUCCACUAGCAUAUAGCAGUGGCCUUGGCAGUUGUGCUCCAGACUGUAGUGCUGGACCAGCGGCGCUAGGAUUUUGUUUACUUUACGCCCUAUUAACUUUACUGCUACCAGUUGUACUAGUUCUCCUUUGCAGUUUGAAAAUCCUUCGCAUAGCUCGAUAUCAUCGGCAUAGAAUUGCUGCGGCUAUAUAUGAAGUGACUUUGUCCGCUCAAGUCACAGUGACUCAUCAACGUAAUCCUUUUUCUCCUCCACCUCCGCAUCGCCACCGAGCCUUGUCAGCAAUACUCCAACCAUUGGGUUCUUUGGCUAUUCUAUAUUUCCCAUAUUACUGUGUUUUAAUAUGGCCUGCUAUCUCUAUACCACCACAACCAGUAGCAGCAUUGUCGGCGGCUUUAUUAGCUGCUGCUCCACCUGUAAACGGUAUCUUAUAUGGUAUUAGAAGUCGUGCGCUUCGUGAUUCUCUUCGUAAUUAUAAACGAAAACGAAUGACUAAAAGUGAGGUUACUCAAGAGAUUCAAGCACGAACUCCAAGUGCUUGUGGAUCACGAAGACCAUCUUUGUCAGCUGGAUCAGGUUGUAUACGACCGCCGACCACAAGAAGAUUAUCUGAUGCAGCAGUUAUGGGUUCCAGGGGAUCAGAACGGCCAGCGCCAAGAGCUGCCUCUUGUAAUAUGCUUCAGGACUCCCAGGAAGAGGAAGUGCCUCGACCUCGUACAUCUGCCAUUCCACUUAUUCGUGCUCCGCCACACGUAGUUCUAGGUAGAGCGCUUGGGUUAGAAGAAACAGGACCUCGGGGUCGUCGACGGCAGUCACCUCGGAUUACGGUGACAAGGGCUAUGUCUGAUGAGAGUGAAUCGCCAACACGUCGCCCACUUUGUCGACAACAAUCGAGAUCCAGUGGUGCUUUGCUGGGUGGUUUAUCAUACUCACCAGCUUUAUCAGAGAAUGUGAACGUCGACAGCGCGGACGAGCAACUUCUCCUCUCGUGGCCACAACACCAAACCCACGUGAGACAUAACGCUUUAUAAAACGGGUAUUUUUAUGAUAGUCUUGCUGAUAGAUGUGCGUUUAAAGACAAUAAAUAAGUGUGCGGUUCGAAGUCGAGUCAGCUUCGGUGUUUUCAGAUGUUAUUUUUUAUCGCUUUGUACAGACCCGUUUCUACUCGACCUUCCUGACCAAACAGUGACCAAUUCGUAAUGUUUCCUAUACUAUUUACUACUGUAUUAGACGUAAUUAUUUCUCCUACAGGGUUCCUCCAUAUCGUUAGCUUUACCUACUGAAGUAUUACUUUAGUCUGUAUCUCUGUAAAAAUAAUAUCACUGAAAUAUUCCAUAGGUAUAUUAGAAACAAUUCUAUUACUGAUAUUGUUGGACUUUUUAGUAAUGAUUUGUAAUAUUAGAAUGUUUUACAAAUAAAAUGUCA